UUAGCUCGAGCCACUUAUGGUGUCCGCGAUAAACGUGUAUUCCGCGGACUAUAGUUCCCAGGCAACUAUGGUGCUGACGUAUCUUUAAUUGAUUAGUCCCGUCGGUGAGAGGCUUGAUUCUUUUCGCCUACCGUGGAGUCUAAUCUACCGACAUCGAUCACGGACGGUGUUAAUGCGUGACGUCAUUGCAGCCAUGUUUGCUUGUCCAACGAUCGAUUCCUCGCAGGCGUUCUGAGAGACAAGUUGGUAGAUCCGCCUCCUCACCGCGCACAACUGGCUUGGCAUCUCUCGCAGAUGGAUGAGUUAGUCUAGUGUUGCCUUCUUCAACAUCCUGUGUUGUAUAAGUGUUGGUUUAUCCUGUAAAUCGCAAAUUUUUCAUUUUUUUUAAACCCAUUUGCUUCCAUUCUGGAAGAGCGCCUGGGGAGGCUUUGGACUGCUCUCUGACACAGACCUAUUACUAAUAAGACAGAAAGUAACUGGAAAGUUCUGCCAGAAAAUGGCAAGCCGACCAUCGAGCGCACAAUCUCGGACUGCCUGGGUUACAAGUUACGGCAACGAUGGGAUUCGGGACGAUCCAGACCUUUGUUCCGACAGCCAAGUGUACCCAGGAGGGGACAAGAAUAGGAAUGCAUCUAGUGCUAAGUCAGCUCAGCGUGGUGGUUGUCUCGCAGCCAUCGGCCGUGGCCUCAGGUCUCUGUGGGCUACACGACAGACUGAGGAGACACGGACUAAUCGCGAGCUUUAUGUGAAGACUACACUGAGAGAGCUUGUCAUCUACAUUGUUUUUUUGGUUGUCAUUUGCGUCAUCACUUUUGGCAUGACCAGCACUACCAUGUACUACUAUACCAAGGUGAUGAGUGAUCUGUUUUUGGAUAAUGAGGAUGACAAUAAGGUCACAUUCAGAACCAUGACUAGGGUGGAGGACUUUUGGAGCUACAUGAAAGGUCCUUUGUUAGAUGGUCUGUACUGGGAAAAUUGGUACAACAACCAGUCAUUGCCUGCUGAUGAGAUGGGCUUCAUCUACUAUGAAAACAAACUCUUAGGCGUUCCCCGCCUCCGACAAUUGCGUGUUCACUCCAACUCCUGCCAGGUGCAUGAUGAUUUCAGCGAUUUCAUUCAGCAAUGUUAUGAUGCAUAUUCAGACACGAUAGAGGACACCACGACCUUUGGACCAGGCGGUAGUCAAUACACAGCGUGGGUUUACAAAACAGAAAAUGAACUGGGUGGCUCCUCCCACUGGGGUCAGCUGGCCACUUACAGUGGUGCUGGCAAUGUCCAGAACUUGGGGUCCAACAAGUCUGACUCCACGGACAUUGUCAACUCUUUGUAUGAUAAUCUUUGGGUCCGCCGUGGCACUCGUGCUGUUUUUAUCGACUUUACAGUCUACAAUGCCAACAUCAAUCUUUUCUGUGUCAUUAGGCUGCUGGUUGAGUUUCCAGCCACAGGAGGGGUGAUACCAUCUUGGACUUUACGUACUGUGAAGCUAAUUCGCUAUGUAACAAUUGGAGAUUACUUUGUGAUGGCCUGUGAAGUCAUUUUCUGCAUCUUCAUUCUGUAUUACACAGUUGAAGAGAUUCUGGAGAUCAAAAAGCAUCGACUUAGCUAUUUCAAGAGUUUCUGGAACAUCCUGGACAUCAUGGUCAUUAUCAUUGCUGUUGUUUGUGUUGCCUUCAAUUUGUAUCGGACUGUUGAAGUUGGUGACAAGUUGAAGAAGCUCUUAGAGAAUCCAGACAUCUUCUCUGACUUUGAGCGACUCAGUUAUUGGGAGAACCGCUUCUGCAAUGCUAUUGCCAUUGCAACUUUUCUGGCCUGGAUCAAGAUUUUCAAGUAUAUCAGCUUCAACAAAACAAUGACACAGCUUUCAUCCACUCUGGGCCGAUGUGCCAAAGACUUGGCUGGAUUUUUCAUUAUGUUCCUUAUAAUUUUCUUGGCUUUCACUCAACUGGGGUACCUUCUGUUUGGGUCACAGGUCAAGGACUUCAGUACCUUCAUGAAUUCUUUUUACACUCUGUUCCGUAUCAUCCUGGGAGAUUUUGACUUUAAUCAACUAGAGACAGCCAACCGUAUACUGGGUCCAGUAUUCUUUAUGCUCUUCGUCUUCUUUGUCUUCUUUGUCCUCAUCAACAUGUUCUUGGCCAUUAUCAAUGACACAUAUUCAGAAGUCAAGUCAGAUAUGGCCAAUCAGAAGAAUGAGUUUGAGAUUGCUGACUACUUCAAGAAGGGAUAUCAGAAGAUGCUGGACAAACUCAACUUCAAACGUGACAAAAUUGUGGACAUUCAGAAGGCUUUGCAGUCUGCUGACAUCAACCAGGACAAGCAGCUGGACUUUGAUGAAUGGCGCCAGGAUCUCAAGACACGUGGUUAUGCUGAUGGUGAGAUUGAGGCCAUGUUUGCAAAGUAUGACAUUGAUGGUGACCGUGUGCUGGAUGAAGAAGAACAGCGUCGCAUGCAGGCUGACCUCUUUGAACAGAAGGCUGCACUCAACAAAGAGUAUGAUGAACUUGAAGGUAAGAGACCAGGAACAGGACGACGCUCCAGCAGUCGUGUAAGCUUUGAUGAAAGUGGUGAAGAAAGCGAUGAUGAAGACAGUGGUACAAAGUCUUCUCGCACUGGCCGUACUUCAAGUGGUGUGUCUUAUGAAGAGUUCACCGUGCUGUCUCGACGUGUUGAUCGAAUGGAACACUCUAUUGGAAGUAUUGUUUCCAAGAUUGACGCAGUCCUUGUAAAACUUGAAGCCAUGGAGAAAGCUAAACUGAAGCGCCGUGAAACCAUGGGCAAGAUUCUUGACAGCAUAACAGAGUCGGAUGGCACCAGUGAUGAGAUGAAGAGGGAGCAGAUGGAGAAGCUGGUGCGAGAGGAGCUAGAACGCUGGGACUCUGAGACCUCUAUGGUAGCCACAAGUGCUCGUGGGGGGUCCCCAAGUAGUAGUAGUGGGCUAGCCAUAAGAGCUCGCUCUCGUCCUGAUUCUGGCCAUCAUGGAGGGGAGGGAAAGGAGGUUGGUCCAGCCGGCACUGAUAACUCCAGUACCAGUACUUCAUAGCUACCCUUCAUCUGCUUUCUCUUCUUCUGCUUCUGCUGCUGUUUAUAUAUAUAUUCACAUUUUGCCACCAUUCCAAAAACCACUUUUGAGUAGCCUCACUCAAAUACAUCUACUACAGGAUUUUGGGAGGAUUUUGUUUGUUUUUUAUGAACUUCAUCUGCAAAGACUUGUGUAUUCACAUGUCUCACUUAUUUUUAAAUGCAAAAAAUAGGCAGUGGGAAAUGUCAUCACUUGAAGGAUUUUGGUUGGUGCACUUCUUUUCAAGAAUUUUAUUGUUUGGUAAAAUAUAUAUAUACAGAGAGUCAACGGAUUCUUGUAUGGGAUAGUAGCAGAUUGCUGCAUUAGAAAUAGUGAUUCUGAGAAUGUUGGGAUAGUUCUAAAGAAAAGCGUCAUUUGUAAAAGUCGUAAAGAGCAAUGGAGUCUCUCUUUCACAGAGAUGCACACAUAUACACACGCAUUUGCUCAGUGCUUUACAAAAAUCAUAGACUUAAUCAUAACCAUGCAUCCAUAUUUGCAUUGCUCCUACAACAUACACUACUCAUACACAAAGUAAAUUUCAGACGUAGAUUAUACACGUUCAUGGUCAGGACAGGGUCGAAGUAAAGUUGGUGGUCGGAAAGAUGUGUAUUGAGUUUAGACAAGAGGCAAGAGAAUCAGAGUGACGAAGGCUGACGGGUAAUCCGUUCCAAGUUGAUGGGGCUUGGUAGGAGAAAGACUUUGGUCCACAUGUCUUUGUCUUAGUAGGACUAUAAUAUAAUCUAUUCCUACAGAGGAAUGCAAAAUAUGCUGAUAAGAAAGAUGAAGAAGAAAGGAUCAAAAAAUGGAUUGAUUAAGAAAGGUGAGGUGUUCACUAUUUUGACACCAGAAGUUUUGCUUGACAAAUAACAGUCAAAUAUAAAUAAGAUGUCCAGUAUCAUGGGGAAAGCAAUGGUUGUUUUUAAUGUUGGUAUUGUAUAGAAUCUUAUAACGUUGUUAAUGGUAAAGUUAACUGUUGUGCUAAAUAUUCAUCUGUUUAGCAUUUAUAUAUUAUACAUGUUUAAAUUCUUUACUGAUGCUCGUUUGUUUCCUGUACAAAGCUGUGUUGUGUUGAUAGCCUGAUGGUCACAUAGUUUUGGUGUAUUUGUUGCUGCCCAUUUAUAUUUCCAUGCUAAGAUAUAGAGCACAGUUUGUGAAGUUUUUAUUGCUGCCAAUACUGCUUCAAGCACUAGCUCUGUAUAUCUUUUAAAGGGUUAGCCAACAUUGUACAAGAUGAGUGUUGCAUUGAAAGGGACCAAUAAGAGAGUGGGGAGUUGUACUUGACAAGAAGUUUACACUUUUAGUAAGAUUUCUUAGAGAACUUGGGUUCUUUCUUUUCCACUGCAUGGGUUUCAAUUUUUAGAGAUUAUUUGGGGGCUGGGGAAAAGGCAGGGUUUAGAAACCAAAAUAUGAGGCUCUCUGAUGGGACUGUAUAUGAAAGGCUUUGGUUUCCUUUUUAUUGAGAGAGGGCAAAGAUAUUAGAAAACUAGAAUUUUAAAUAUGUGUUCAAGUGUUUUCUGCUAUUAGAAUGUGCAUUAUUUUAGAUCAGUUUGUUGAGUACAGUCUGUAUCCUGGUGGACUCAGAACUGUGUACAGAUACACACAGAGCAUAUGUCAGCCAGUGCUGAUUUUUCCUUUUUUUCGUUUGUAUAAUCAGUGUUACCUAAUGCAGUCACAGUAACAUUUAUUAAAACAGAUCAUGUGCCAUAUGUUUUAACAACCUUUAUGUACAGGCUUCAUGUGACUUCUGGUAAAACAAAAAUCUCUGGGGAUGAAUGUGAAUAACAUUCUAACUAGUGUUUAAGAAUUCAUUUCUUUCUAAUUAGCUUUCUUUAAACUAGCCAGAAAUUGCAUUGUUCUAAUUACUAAAGUUGCAUACCACAUAGGUGAGCUCAGUACAUUUGAAAGGAACAACAAAGUUAAACAAUUUGAAGGCAAAAAUCUGUCCAGCACAGUAAAAACAGAUAAGUGGAAAAAAAUUACCCCAAAAUCUCAGAUAUAAAUAAAAUUUGCAAUCUUCCACAGACCAAAUUUUUUAUUUUGCUUGUAUGUAAAUUGGCUAGCUCUUUUUUUUUUUAAUGCAUGAAAAUAACAGGAGUUUCACCAUUUUAAAAGCUGCUCACUGUUGACUAAAAAGAGCUCUCAGAAUGUUUCUAAUUAAAGUUAUUAUUGAUGGGGAAAGGUUUUGGUGGCAAAUUUCACCAGGCUAGUGUAGGGAGUCAUACGUAAGUUUUUUCCCAUUUUUGUUAUAUCAGUUUGUGGCUUAUAUAAUACAUUCCAUAAUGAUUUGCAGCUAUUAAGAGUGGACAUGAUGACAAAAGAUAGCAUUACAGGGCUGGGAAGAAUAUUAAAAAAUGUGAUUUUUUUUUUUCUUGCCAGCUUUGUCUCUGUAACUAAACAUUUCCUUUUUAGAGGAACUUUGAAAUCAACAAGGAAGUACUAGGUUUUACCAGACAUCAAGCAAAUAUGUUUAAUUUUCUUUAUCAUCAUUCUGAUUCUUAAUGGCACCUGGUAUGGAUUUUAAAAGAUAUAUAUAUAUACUGUUUUUGGCAUUGUGCAAGCCAGAUUCUUGAAAUAUUGUUUGCCAAACAUGACUGCAUCAGAUAUACACUUGGGCUUGGCUAGUCACUAUGAUUUGGAUUUGUUGGCUUUUUUUUUUUUUUCAACUUUAUUUCUCUGUAGAUAUUGUCUAUUGGUUUAUGUUGAUUGAAAUUUUUUUAAUUGUUCUUAUGAACAUAAGACACAAACUUUUGGAUACUAGAGGGUUUUAAUUUCCAGUGAAUUAACUUUUUGGACGAGUCUAAAUGAUGUCCCAUGAAAUACGAAUAUGAAAAAGCACAUUCGCACAAAAUGAAGGUUGUGUUUGUUUUCUUUAAGUCCAAAAUGUUUGACACUUUUUAUGUAUUGUAAACCUUAUCUUGCAGGCGUCGGUUUGCUGUGUUAUGGCUAUUAGAGGGUCCAGAGUCUUUUGUUACAAAAAAUUGUGGGUGUUCUUUACUUUUACAGUCUUGAUCACUUGAUAGUUCCUGUCAACAAGCAUGUUUUUCGAAAAUUACAUAUGGGAGAUACUUUACAUCUUGUCAGAAGGUUUUCUUAAAUGGAGGGUGGGGGAAUAUUGUUGGGGCAGGGGAAAGAUAUUGGGGAAGUGGGCGAGGCUUGGGAACUGGGAUAAUAAUCAUAUGCUGGAUUUUGUCAGUCUCCAAGCUAAUUGGAUGUUUUUACUUUGUUACUUGUCACACUGUUUCUUCAUAAUAGUUUUAACUAGUCAGCUUUAUCAACAUUUAUUUUUGUAAUGCAUAUUUAAAACAAACCUUGACUGACAAUGAAAUCAGUUUAAAGCAGCUGAGGCUUAAGCUCCAUGUAAUCUGGAAAUAGUGUGGUAAUAUAGCUUGUAACACCACCAUGCUGUUAUGCAAAAGAAGACUAUGGCUGUAUUUUUUACUACCUGAUGCUCUGUUUUGAUGUGACUAUGUUCUUAUGUUCUUGGCUGACAAUACCUUGCCAGAUUUUUAUUGGCAUUCUGUGAUCAUGAGCUAUCCCUUAUCCACCAGUUUUUCACUUUCUCUGUGAAAGUGUUUAGGGUGCAGCCUCUUCAUUACUGUUGAUAUAUAAAGCAUUAGGUUGCAUAUUUUCUGUGACUAUACCCUGAAAAUGUCAAUUUAUGAAAGUAAGGGUGCAAGAAUGUUCUAAUAUUACAACAUUUAUAGUGUGCUUUCAGUCCAGGUAUUUUCAGAAAACUUACACAUAAUAUUGCGAGUUAACCUGUGCCUUCAGCACACUGGAUUCAAGUUGUUUGCCUCAGUUAAAGGGCAGCAAUCAAAGUUUUGCUUGAGAACAUUUAAAAACAAUGUUGAAACAGUUUGCAUAAACUGGAAAAUUAUCUGCUAUGGAUUCAGCACCACUGCUGGUCAUGUUUCAGAAGAUAUGGCAGUCCAGCUGCAUAUAUAACCUUUCUUUUAUAAACUCAAGGUAUGUUUACUGAUGACUGCCUAUCAUCAGGAAAGUAACUUGCAAGUUUACUUUAUUGUGGAAAAAGAUUUUUUAAGAUUACCUACAAAUUAUGCUGUUUAAAACAGAUUUCAUUGUGUGAUUCAAAGAGCUGUAGAAAAAGUGUGUUGUUUCUGACAGUGGGUUCUCUCAAAUGAUCCAUCCCUGUAUUGGCAUCUUUUAAUGUCAAGAUGUAUUAUUUCUGCUUCAUAUGAACUAUACAUUCAUAUCCGUCCAGACAUGGUUUGCUACCAAAAGACACUUGUAAAUGCAUACUGCUGCCAAUCUGUGAUGAAUUUCUUACAUCAGCUGUUUAUCAGAGGUACUGGAAAGAAAGUAUCAGCAUCUUUCAAAGCCCAUGAUUUUACUUGUAGUUUUUCUCACUGUGGUGUUUAUAGCUAGUGUGCAUCUGCAGCACACCUUGCUGUAUGUACUUGUUAUUAAUAUUACACAAUAAAGUGUUGCAGUCUUGUU